UAGAUGGAACGCUGGAAAGGACAUUACAAUGCAAUCGUUGCGGUCGUUUAGUGGAACGCACCCUUAAAUUUUAACACGCGAAUUUGGACAGGUUAUCAUGCUUUUAUUUGAAAAUACAUUUUAUGCAAAUGUUUUUAUUAAAUAAUACUAAUUAUCCACUUUGCCCUUUUAUGAUUAAUAAAUGUGAAAAGUGUAUAAAAUAUUUCUACUGUUAAAGUAAUUCUUAAAAUUAGUAAAAACAGAAACUUAACUUUAGUUUUUAAUAUGGAUCAGCAGGAACAAGAUUUAAAAAAAAUAUAUGCUUGUCCAUUUUCUGGAUGCACUUCAGUGUUUAAUAGACCGUACAGAUUAGAACAGCAUCAAUUAGUGCAUAUAAAUUUCAAACCCUUUGCGUGCCCUGAACCAAACUGUUCUAAGACAUAUACAAACAAAAGUCACUUAGACCGGCACAUCAAAAGUGCGCAUAAAGAAAUUGAAACUGAUUUCAUUUACAGCUGUCCAAAAUGUAUGAAAAAGUAUGCAAACAGACAAAAUUUGAAAAGGCAUAUAAAAGUUAGCCACAUUGAAAACAACAAGCCAUUUUCAUGUGAUAUGUGCAGAGUUAACUUCAAGAAAAAACAUCAACUACGAGCUCACAUGCAUGUACACAAUGGAAUAAAAUCAUUUAGAUGUCCAUACUGUGAUAAAGAAUUUGUUACUUUAUAUGAGAAGAAAAAGCACAUGAGAAAUCAUAAAACGUAUUUGUGUGAACAUUGUGAUAUUAAGUUUAAUCGUUGGACGGAACUCACAACUCAUAAAAGAAAGGAACAUCAGUCCGAAUACAUAUGCCAUGAAUGUGGGAAACUUUACAGAAAAAGAUCACAUAUCAUACGACAUCUUAAAAAACAUUUCCCCAGUAGAAGAAAAACAUUUUCUUGUCCUUACGAAAGUUGUAACAGGAAAUAUUCACGUAACAGCAAUUUACAACAACAUAUAAGGAUAAAACACCUAGGUCUUACCUUUGAUUGUUCAACUUGUGGAGCUAAAUUGUCAACAAAGUCAACUUUAAAGGAACAUAUGAAAAGACACACUCGACCUAAAAUAAUAAAGAACGUUAAAAAAACUUUAAAAUCUGGUCGGAAAAAAAGAAAAGACGAAAAUACAAUGAAAAAAUCAUCUGCCCUCAAACUAGCUGGAAUUAGCGAGAAGGAUGUAAUAGAAACGUCUAUUGUACCUAUCGUUGAAAAGCCUUUCGUAUGUUGCUAAACAACUUCUAGAAACGUUCUAAAAAUUUAUAUGUGUAAUUAUAUACAUAUUGUAAAUGUUUUUUUUUUUUUUGUAUCUGUACAAUUACAGAAGUUACAUAAAGGUGGAUUUAUAUUUGACUGACGUGUUUUGUCGUGUCAUGACGUUUACGUUAUUAUGUCGUGUUUUAACGCAUCAGGACAAUAUUUUGAAUCAAUACAUGAGUACAGUAUCGAUACUUUGUAUUCGAUACCGUGUCCCUACUGACGCGUCAUAACAAAGCACUGCCGCGCGCGCACAUUAAUCUGACGUGUCGUGAUGGCGCCGUUUCAGCGCCCCUCGCAACCCGCUUAUCUGACGCGAACCGGGAUCGGUUCUGAUGCGGCACAUCGAAGUCAUCACGAUAUGACACAACACAUCAAUGUAAACGUUGUCGUACAAAAUGUAUGAUACCGAUUCUGGUCUGAUGCGACACGACACGACACGUCAGUCAAAUAUAAAUCCGCCUUUUAAGUCAAACUUUUAUCAAAAUUGAUAAGCAGUUUUUACAAUGUGAAAUUGUUAUAGCAGGACUAUCUGUUUGUGUAUAAUUAUAAUAAAUAUUGUUAUGAUAAA